CCCACUGGAGUGGGACUCGGGUGUGCGAUAUCUGAGUUUAUGCUGUGUUUGAAAGAUGAAGCAUUAACAUUUAAAUCUGUGGAAUUUAAUGAAAACUAUAUUAUACAUUCUUUCUGAAUCCAUUUAAAAUAGACUGCCAGCGUUGUCCCUCUACAAGUCGCCUCGUCUAUUUUUCCUUCGUGUCCCCAUUUUGUUCCUCGUUCCUACCCUCUGGCUGCGAUGCUUGAAGAAUCAGUAUUAGACACUGAGUAUCUAAUGUCCUGGCAGUGGUCGAAUCUGCCCUAGGCAUUCCUAGGUUUGGUGGAAAUCAGUCUGGAAUCUAUUACCAGUCUCCUGCUAAAGUUGUAGAUGUUUCUGAGAACUGUUCCUACAUUGGGAGGGGGGGGGUUGAUUUUAAAAGAAAAAUGAUUAAUAGUGGGUCAGGUGGGAUGGAAUCUAAUAGAAAUGUCUGUCUGUCAGGAGGUGACGCUCUGUAAGUGACGCAGAAAGGCAGCAAGGUUAACAUUGAGAGAUUGGAACAAGAUACUGGUCACCAUGUAGGGUUAGGUACACAAACGGCAAACGGAUAUGAGCACGGAAAUGAAUGCGAUUGUGUUUUAGCCAGAAAGUUAUUCAUCUUUUUUUUUUUUUUUUUUUUUUUUUGCGAAAUGUUGAAUCUUUAAAUCACCUGUGAUAUAAAGAUAUCAACAGUCAUUCACACUUUAACAGGCCUAUAUAAUUACCUUUCAAUGUAAAAAUUUUCGUCAGCUAGAAAUUAAUUCAGGGCGGGUAAACACUAAUCCUACCACUAAUUCAUAUGGACGAUUAAUCAGUCAAGGUGUGUUUUUUAAGAACAGCCAAAGAAAUCACCGCAAUCUGGGACUGUGAAGAUUUUCUGAUAAUCCGUCAAUAGAUACCGAUCGUUUCUCAACCGUGAUGAAUCUUUGACUUUAAAAUCUUAUUUAAAUAGUUUUAAUUUCCCCGGCAUCUAUUAACGUGUAUUUGAUUUGGUCUGACAGAAUCAAGUACUUUGUCAGGGUCGGGGGAAAAAAGUUUUAAAUAACUAUAACUAUUAUCUUGGGGGGAAAUUAAGUUGAAAUUUUCAUCGAAACGGAAGUCAAUAUUAUGUUCAUGGGAAGAUUGCAUUUUUAACCCCUACAUAAAACUAACACAGCUUGGUUUUGAGAACUGAACUUGUAUUUGGCCUUAGAAAGCAGGUCACCAGUGAUAAAUCAACAUUAUUAAUAUUGAAUCGGCUGAUGUCAGUACCUACAGUAUAAAAUGGAUUUCUUCAGGGUCGGGGCAAUGAGCUGAGGGAAGAGUCCGCGCUACGACCCUUCUUCUCGUGGGUUCAGCGUUUGUUAGCACCAUGGUCAUCGGACGGCUCAGACUUCUGGGUGUCAUCAGCUCCCUUCUUUUUCUUCUGGUUAAUUGUGACGAGUCGCUGGAAAUGCGCUCCCCGGAGAACCCGGACAAGACUCAAGAAGAGAAAGAGCUGAUUGAAGCUUUGCAGGAAGUCCUAGAAAAACUGAAGAAUAAGCGACUGCCGUCAGCCGAGAAGAAAUUAGGCUGGGUUCCAUCGUGCGAUGCAGGCGAGCAGUGUGCAGUGCGCAAGGGUGCGAGGAUCGGGAAGCUGUGCAACUGUCCGCGAGGGACCUCCUGCAACUUCUCCAUCUUGAAGUGCUUGUAGAAAAAAUAAUACAGAAACAAUAAACUGGGUUUGUUUACUCUAUUGUGCAUUGCAGUAAAUUAAAACAUAUCGUUGUCAUUUAUUCCCUUUCUGGGGCAUCUGAUGUUAAAUUGUCUGAAUACCUUCAAACAGAUUUCAUCGUUGGAAGUCGAUUCAGGAUCAACAUUUGUAGCGCUGUGAAUUUUGUACCAAUAUCAAAACACUCUAUUUACAGCUUACGGGGGCUAAGCUCACUUAAAUGACCCUUUAUGGAAUAUAUUGUUAGUGGCUUAGCGUAAGUUCAUGAGCUACACCUCAUUUCAGCAUGCCUCAGGUUACAGAUGCAUGCUUUAUAUGGCAGUAUAAGACUCCCCGUCUAUGCUUGUAUAAUCGCACAGGUAAUUUUUAGGCAUGUCGCCCUAAUUUGUCACUGUCUCCCAAAUUCAUUCUCCCUUUUAUGUUCCCCGCUUAAUCGCAACACAAAUUUAUAAUUUAAUGCUUGCUUAGCUUAUGUGUUAUGUGAAAUAUCACGUCAUUUUAGAAUAUGGUAAUUAGGGGGUAUAUAUAUAUAUAUAUAUCCUUCCUUUGCAGAAAAAAAGGUUGCGGAAAACUGUAUUGUAAAGGUAGGUACUUUCAAGUUUGUUUAUGUACAUAAUUUGCUAUUUAAUAAAAAAAGAUGUUCCUGUU